AUGGCGGCUGCGCGUGAGACGGAAGCCGCUCUGGCCAUUCCAGCCGAACAAGGUGCUCCCUCAGCUCAUGGUUGGAUCAAAUCCAGCCCAGCUGCUGCGCUCCUGGCACGGCAGCAGCUGACAGAGGCCCAAACAAACCAGCUUCAGGAGCUGAUCCAGGGGAUGCAACGUGAUAUAAACUGCCUGGGUGACGAGGACAAGAACGUGCGCAAGAGUGGCAUCAAGACGCUUCACGUGAAUAUCUUCGGCGGCCUCAGCGACAAUGACACACAGUGUCGUUUUGAGCCACCCGUCGCCAAGGCAGGUUCCCAUGCAGCUGGCUUCCACCUGUUUGCUGGCACUCUUACUUAUGCCACUGCCCUCUUCGCGCAUCUUCUCAAGGCCAUCCUUCGCCUGUACGGCGAUGCCGUGGAGAAGACGCGCGAGCUUGCCAUCGACCUCGUUUCCAAGUUUUUGCACCUAGGUCCUGAAGGCUUCCUGCCUUACUACAUUCCCGUCCUUGUUGCCCGUCUUGGUGGCAAAGAGGUCCAGGAAACUGUAGAGGAGCUACGUGCGGCUCUCAUGCAGCAGGUCGAACGCGUCAUUGACACGCAGUCUGGCCAAGACUUGGGCAUCUACAUUGAUGAAUGGCUUCAGGUCUUCCGCAAGAUGAUUGAUGAUGAGUUUGCCGAGGUCAAACGCAUGGGUUGCCGCUGCACUGUCCUACUGGCCCGCAAGACGCCCGAGCGAUUCCACAUGGCUGCUGGCCAGCUCGUGCCACCACUGCAGGCAGCACUGGUGCACCAGCAUACAAAGGUGCGAGCGGUAGCCGUGCGUGCUCUGGGGGCCGUCGUCCAAUACGGCCAAAACAAAUUGCUGGACGAUGUGCGCACCAACAUGUCCCAACGCGUCAUGGAUCAUAGCCCUACCGUACGCAAGGCUGUCUACACGAUUGCGGGCCGCUGGCUCUGCGAGUUGCGGGACCGUUAUUCCUACUGGCACAAGCUGCUUCCCAUGCUAUUGCCGGGUGAAACUGACGAGGUCGAGGAACUGCGUGUUCUCAGCCGCGAAGCUUUCAUCAAAGCUGGCCGUCUUUAUGAACAAGAGAACGAAGAGCGCCUUAAAGACCAGCUUGAUUUUCGAGCCUCGGACAACGAUGGGGCAGCUGUGAGUGCCCCGCUGGGUUGCCGGGAGCUAGUCAAGGAAUGCUUCUCCAAGAUUUUCCCAGGCUUGCUCAAGGACAUGAUUGAGUGGACAGCCGAUACAAGAAGGCAAGCAGCACGACUCAUGCACACGUUGCUCCGCUACGAGGGCAAGAACGUUACCAUGCACCUUCAAAAGGUGGUCGGUGGCCUCAUGCAAGCCUGUUUGGAUGAAGAGCCGGACAUUGCAAAACUGGUGGUGGAAUGUGGGGAAGAGAUUGGGCGUUCAGCUGCCUUUGAGGCGUGCGCCGCUGUCAUCUACCCGGUCCUUCGUGAUGCUGGAGCCUCGGAGCGCCAGCAUGCCGCAGCUCUGAUUAUGCUGGCAGCUUUUGUGCGUGGAGCCGACGUCACAGACAUGAGCACGCAAGCUGCUGCGCUUUGUCAUGCCCUUGCUGAAGCCAAUGUGCGCGAGUCAGCCUCGCGCAUGGUUCAAGAAGAGCUGCUGUUGUGCAUUGCUGACGUGAUUGACAAAUUGCAAGACCAGGUUGCACCACAUGGCCUCGAGCUCUUCCAUGCCACCCUCAGCGUAUCUGCCUUGAGCAAGGGCCUGGACGCCGAGGUGGAGGUUGCGCUACAGCGCUUGGCCACCGCGAUGGCCUUUUUGCUCAGUACACUCAGCCUGUUCUUCAACGCACUAUUCAAGGCAGUGAGAGCUGGGGUGUGCAUAGGUAUGGCCAUGAUUGAUCACACGCAUGCCGCAAACUGUCAGCCUGAGAAGGAUGUGGAAGUGCGCAUCCGCUUCUUUACGCUUUUGGGCCGCCUGCUCACGCACGCUCGUGAGGGCAUCAAUGCUGAUGGCAAGCUAUCCAGCCACACACGAACCAUUAUUAAGCAGCUUGUUUGCCCCAAUUUGGUUUGGCAAUCAGGGGACAAAGCUCAGGCAGUUCGGGUGGCAAGCUUGUCGUGCCUCUGGUCACUGCUUAGAACGGAGACUGUCAGUCAUGAAGACAUCUUGGAUGUGGCAGCUGAUCUCCUGCCUCUGCUCGUAUCAUCGAUGGAAGACUCGGCUGUAGCUUCGCGAGUUCUUGCGGUGCGCGUGUUGGAAGAAAUCUUCCGCCUUCACGGCACGCUGUUCCAAGCCAGCUAUGAAACAUACGAUCGUUUGCACAAGCUGUACCCGGACCUUUUGCGUCGCCUCGACGACAGCGACAACGACGUCCGCUUGCUGACGUGCCAGGCCUGGAUUGCUUAUCUUCGCAUCAUGGAUCACGACACGUAUGACAACGACCUCUAUAAGGCACAUUCCGAGGCGAUUUUUCGUGGCCUCUUGAUUCAUCUGGAUGAUCCUGAUGAGCGUGUUCAGGAUGCAGUGGAGGCUGCGCUGCAAGCUGGUGCAAAGGUGAACGAAGAGAUCUUUCGAGAACAGAUUGAGCUCUGUGACGUGACCAGCCUGACCGUCUUUUUCUCAACACCUGCAGGCGGUUCGACAAAAGCAUCGAAGCCCUGUUCGGUGCGAUCGCCUCUUAGCACUUGUGCAUUGAGGGACAGCCGUGUGCAUGAACAGACAUGGCACUUUUGCGGCAUGUUUCAUUCAAUUAGCAACACUUGA